AUGUCUGCCGCCGAAACUGCCGUGAUCCCUGCACCACCGCCUUCCGACAAGCCAUUCGGAAUCUCUCAAAUCAAAGCAUACAUUCCGGGCAUCCUCGACAUGACCAAGUUCAACUACGAUCUAUGGCGAGAACUCUUUGAGACGCAUUGCUCCACUUUUGGUGUUCUUGAGCACAUGGACGGUACAGGAAACCCUACUCCUGCGAUUCUGAAAGCAUGGAAAGAACGCGAUGGCCUUGUCAAGAUGUGGAUCUACGGAACUCUCUCCGAGUCCCUGCUUGACACAGUCAUCAUGGCAAAGUGCACAGCACGAGAACUUUGGAUCUCCAUCGAGAAUCUUUUCCGUGACAACAAGGAAGCUCGUGCUCUGCAAUUCGAUCACGAAUUGCAUACUGCAACCAUAGGCGAUCAGACGAUCCAUGAAUAUUGCAAGAAACUGAAAACCCUUUCGGACCUUCUUGCAAACAUGGACUCCCCGGUGACCGAUCGUGCCUUGGUUAUGCAUCUUCUGAACGGUCUCUCUGACAAGUUUGACAACAUCAUCAAUGUCAUCAAACACAAGGAGCCCUUCCCUUCUUUCUCUACUGCACGACCUAUGCUGCUUCUCGAAGAAGAUCGCCUUGCCAAACAAAUCAAGCCACAGCCAACAAACAACAGCAACUCCUCCACUCCAAACGUGCUUUACACGGAAACUGAUCCACCACCACAACACUCUUCUCCUCGGCCAUCUUUCCCUCAGAACAGAGGAUACAACAAUCGUGGCCGUGGCGGACGUAACAACAGAGGACGGGGACGCUACAAUAACUCGUGGCAGCAUCCCCCCACCACCGUGGUCCUAUGGUCAUCCCCAAUGGCCAAUGCCUUACGGGUUUUCCCCGUAUCCACCACAGCCCUCCUUCCCACCGCCUGCAACCAACUACUACCCUCUGCCUCCACAAUCAAGCAUCCUCGGUCCGGCUCCUCAGCCACAACCGCGCCAUGA